AUGAGCGACAGAUCGCCGUGCACCCUUCUGGUGCCCUUGGACAAGAGUUGCCUCUCCACAGCCGAGGGGAUCCAGGCUGACCUCGAGGGGAGCGACGUCGGCGCCAAGGUCGACGCCCUGAAGCGCGCCAUCAUGCUCCUCCUCAAUGGCUACACGGUCCCCAACCUCCUCGUCACCGUCGUCCGCUACGUCCUCCAAUCCAAGGAACACAUCAUCCAAAGGCUCCUCCUUCUCUACCUCGAGGUCGUCCACAAACGGGACAAAGUCUCCGGCAAGAUCAUCCCAGAGAUGAUCCUCAUCUCCCACAACCUACGCAACAACCUCCACCACCCCAAUGAGUACAUCCGCGGCGUGACACUGCGGUUCCUCCGUCGGCUGCGCGAGCCCGAGCUGCUUGAGCCGCUUAUGCCCUCUAUUCUUGCCAACCUCAACCACCCGCACCCUUUCGUCCGCCGACACGUGUUCUCUGCCAUCUCAGCGAUCUACCGUCGGCGUUAUGGCCGGCGGCUCAUCCCAGAUGCUCCUUCUGUUGUGGAGCGUGCUCUCGCCAUGGAACAUGACCCAACAGCACGGAGGAACGCAUUCCUCAUGCUCUGCGACUGCUCGCAGGUUCUGGCCACCAGUUACUUGCUCGCCAAUGCUGACCGCUUCGCCAAGUGGCCUGCCCCCCUCCAGAUGGUCGCCCUCGGUUUCGUUCGCAAAGUCCAUCGCAACCUCUGUUACAAGCCCUACAACCGUUGCAUCCGCGUUCUCAGGAAAAGGUUGCUUUGUAGGACUGGUAAUAAUGCAAGGAAAGUUCAGUUGCUGUCAUCCUGUCAGAGCUUCACAAAGAUGCUUGCGGAGAAGCAAUUCAGGAAGAAUGAGAAGAUGAGGGUUGAGUCACAGAAUUCCCAUGCAUAUCCUGAUGAUUCCAUUGAUUUCGACCACCUGAAGAGCAGGAGGGGAAUGUGCCAACUUGAGUUGGAAGAUGAGGUCCGAGAUUAUUUAAAGGCUGCAACGGGUGAAUUUAUGAAGGAUGCAGGUUGUGCAAACAAAUUGAACCCCCCUGUUCAGUUGACAGGGUUCAGUGAUCCUGUGUAUGCUGAAGGAUUUGUUACUGUUAAUCAAUAUUAUGAUACUGUACUUGAUAUUACAGUCAUAAACCGGACAAAAGAGACAAUGCGGAACCUGUAUUUGGAGUUUGCAACAUCGUGUAAAACCACAGUAGUUGAGCGCUCCCGGAACUACACCGUUGCUCCUCAGGCAGUCAAGAAAAUCCAGGCUAACAUUAAGCUUUCUUCAACAAACCUUGGAAUUAUAAUUAGUCGCAUCGUUUAUGAGACUUCAGAUGCAAUGGAGUCUUCAGAGGUGAUCCUAAAAGAUAUGUUCAUUAACAUUGCAGAUUAUAUGACACCUGCUACAUGUACUGAUGUAGCUUUCCGCAAUAUGUGGGCUGAAUGUUGUUGCAAAGUUAAGUUGAAGGUCAAUACUGUGCUUCAUGAUGAGAAGGAAUUUGUAUAUUUUAUAAUCAAGUCAACAAACAUGACGUGUCUAACACCAAUGUCUGUGCUUGAUGGGGACUGUGGAUUAGUUGCUGCCAAUCUCUACGCGAAGAGUGUGUUUGGUGAGGAUGCUUUGGUGAACAUCAGCGUCGAGAAGCAGGCCAACUGUAAACUCAGUGGCUGCAUCACUAUACGUGGUAAUGUCCAAGGACUGGUUCUUAAUUUGGCGCAUGCAGUUAUCGUUACACAGCAGGCUACAGUUGACGCAGCCAUGAGCUUGUCAGAAGUGUGUCACAAGUAUUAUGGUUAA